AAUCACGCUGCAUGGCUAUACGACAAUGUCCAAUGCUCGCGAGCUGGCAUUGAUCGAGAAAUGGGCUGACAUUGCCACGCCGGCGACGCCGAACAGGCCGACUCUGUCGCCGACCUCCCCCCCGGCCCUCCACCGGUCCAUCGUGAAGCUCUGCUGCUGCCCCCAGCGCAGGCGGUACAAUCUGAACCCGAAGCACUCCCCCGGCCAGUCCAGCAAGACGGCGGCCAACACGCUGCAUGCCAGAAAUAUAUUCGCCGAUAGCAGUGGCAGCAUCAGCGGCAGUGGUAGUGGCAGUGGCAGUGGCAGUGGCAGCGAUCUGAGCUAUAUUGAUGAUGUGCCGCGACGACGCCAGACGCGAGAUUGCGAUUACAAUUGCCACUUUGAGUACACUGUAGAUAAAUUCGAUGGCGAUGCUGAUGGUGAUGAUAUUGGCAAUCGCGACGACGGAAAUGCGGCGCUGAUAAUAAUGAAUCAACGAAACCUAUGCGAACAAUGGCGGCAGGACAACAAAGGCAGUAGCUGCAACACUCCAGCAACAGCAACAACAGCAACAAAGAGCCCGCAAAGUGGCAAUGAGCAGCAGAAAAAGCAGCAACAGCAGCAGCAGCAACAAGAGCAGCCCAAACCAACCCAAAGACUUAGCAAUAGCUUGCAACAGGCACAGCAGCAACAAUUGCGACAGCAACAGCAACAGCAACAUAGCAAUAAGGAAAAUACACUAAGCUACGACAACAACAACAAGCCGCGCUGUAAUUAUUGUAAAUUACCCGACACCGCCGAACCCCAAACGAAUAGCAAUAGCAACUGCAGCAGAAAUAGCAACAGCAACAGAAACUGCAACAGCAACUGCGACUCGAAAAUUGAUUCACCGAAGUCGUCGCCGAAUAAAAUGACAAUUACGACAGCAACAGAAACAGCUAAAGCAACAGCCACAUCCAGCGAGUGUGGGCUGCCGACCGAGGCAGCCGCGGCAAGCGAGGAGCUUGUGGGUGCUGCCACAGAAGUGCUGUGCGGCGAUAAAGCAACAUUGACAGCAGCAACACCAACUAAGCCCCGCAUUGCGGCGCGUCCGACCACGCCCAGCCGCCUCAAGACUGUGAUCAAAACGACAAUGGUGAAGCGGAGUCCUAGCCAUGACUCAACUGCAGCACAUGUGUUGCAGCCAAACAGCUGCAACAGCAACACCAACAGCACCACCAACAACGGCGGCAACAUCGACGAGCCCAGACGAUCGGUUAAGGAGCGCAUCGCCGCCUUUGCGGCAGGAAAUGAGCAACUGCAGCCGGCGAGGAACCAUGACAAGGCCAAGAAGUUUACCAAAACGCAGUGCAAUAGCAAUACAAAUCAAAACAACAUGACAGGCGAUGUGAAGAGUGCAAUUAGCACUGCAGCAGCAGCAGGAGAAGUUGGUGCAUCCACAGCGGCAACACCGGCCACGGCAGCUGCGACAGCGGCAGCAACAUCAGGCAACACGUCAGCCAUCGCCGCUGACGCCGCGCGCUACAAAUCGGGAUUAAGUGAUGUGGCAGCCGACGGAGACGUUGAUAGUCGGCGGCCAGCUUCAUCUGUGGCCCCGAGCGUUUUCAGCACCGGUUGUGCAACCAUGCCCCGCACCCGCCAACACGGAAGCGCUGCUGCCACCGCGGCAGCCACAUCCACAUCGGGCCCGGGCGCAGAGACGACUCCAUCCUGCAGCGUGACAGCUGAUAAGAGCGACUUCAAACUGGCCGCGCUGGACAACCUGGACCUGGCCCACAGCCUGGACCUCCUGGACGUCGAGGGCGAGGACCCGUACGGGGCCCUCCAGGACUAUUUGGAGCGUGUCAAGAGGGAAAUCAACGAGGUCUUCGAGCUGCGCAAGGUACAGCGCCUGGAGCAGCAGCUCCGGGAGCAGCUGGAGGAGCGCCUGUCCCACUCCGAGGUCCAGCAGCUGGAGGAAUUGUCUCGUUCCACGGAAUCAGAUAGCGGCUUCGACAGCAGCAGCACCACGGCCACUGCGAAGCAACAGACCGGAGCAGCAUUGUCCGCCAAACCAGUGACAACUAAGCUGAGAGCCCUGUCACCCCCGCCCUUCAGCCCCCGCUCUCCGCACACCUCGAUGACCCCUCCCGCUCCCGCCCCCAACGGCGAGGACGUCAACAUUUGGGCCUGCAAGUUUCUUCGCGACCUGGACAGCCUGAUGGCCGACGGCAGUUCCCACCAGGCGGCCUCCGGUGAAGGCUCCCGCUCCGGUUCUGCCUGCGGUUCCGGUUCGGCGAGCAGCUCUCCCGUCUCCCGCACAGCCCCGAUCCUGCUCUCCGCGGCUGCUUCCGCGGCCCUCCAAAGCCGCUACGGAAAGGGCUCGUCCGGCACGGAGCAAUCAAACGGACUCGUCUUGAAACCGGAGAAGCACGCCACCAUUCCACUGCAGUCGUUUAACCUUGAUUGCGGACGCAGCGAGGCAGCCAAAUCGAAUGUUGCCUACAUGCGCACCCUGUCGGCGCCGAACGGCCACCAGGGAGGGGCCUCGCCCCUGCCCCCCCAGCGCAAGAGCCUGGCCGCCUGCCCGCCGUUUAAUGGCCAAACACAGACGAUAACUGCGACAUCGACACCAUCGACAACAACUCAUAAGCUGACAAAUUUGCAAGGCGCACUGAAAAUCGAGGAGAUGUCUGCAACAGGUGGAGCUCCACCGGCGACCACCGUCGAGGACCCGAAGCCCAGGCGGCAGCGAAAACUGAGCAGUGGCGACGUGGACACAAUGCUUCCACUGGCCACCACCUCCCCCUCCGUCUCCCAGCCGAUGUCGAUGCCAAAACGGGUGGGCAUUAAUCACAUGGCUCUGACGAGCAGAAACGCGAUAACCCCGCCCCCUGCGACGGCACCCGCCUCCCCCGCCGCCUCGUCGCAGUCGCAGCAAUCUCAGCAGUCGGCAGCCUCCUCGGCCAGCUCAGGGAAGGGUGGGGCUGCGCCCGGCUACCUAGUGGAUGUGACCAAAAAAGGAUCCACCUCGACCAUCUGGACCUCCGAGGAGUCGAUUCUGCGCAGCGUUGGCGCCGUCGAUGAAGACAACAACUCGACUUCGUCCUCCUCGGCCUGCGAAGAGGCCACGGGAGUCCUGAGCUCUGGAAAGUCGGGCAUAUCGCUGGACUCCUCCGGGCUGGAUAACGACAACAACGAGAGCGGCAUUGGUACGGCCACGCCACCCAAGGACAUGUCCUUCUGGAAGAACCACCACCUGCAGCACCACCAUCACCACAGGGCUGGAGGAAGCGCCCAGGAUAACGAGUCCGUGAGCAGUCUGGAGGCGCUGCGCAAGAUGAAGUUCAAGAAGAGCGGGUCCGUGGCCUCCUCUGACGAUCCAGAUCUGCUGGAGGUCCUGAGCCAGUGCGGCAGUGGAGGGGAAGCGGCGAACGAGUCGCAGGAUGACAUGCUGGACGAGGAGAAGGACAGCAAGUCGUCCAAGUCCAGGGACUACGAAGAGUGUCAUGGCGAGUUUGGGAUCUGCGAGUGCGACUGCACGGAUGGAGACGCAAGCAGUGCUAGCGGAGGAGGCGGCGUCACUGCCACGCCCGUGGUGCUUCGCCGCAAAUACGUGGCGCCUCCACCCAUCCUGGUGCCGAGAACCCAGCGAAGCCACUCCCUGGACCACUACCAGCCGGGUGUGCAGCUGCGUAGGGUGCUGCCCAUCCACCACCACCACCACCACGCCAUGAAGAACAAGGAGCGGGGGCAGCUGUCGCUGGCCCUGCGACAGGAACCCUUCCAGGCCCUGCUCUCUCCAUCGGCGAAUCCCGGCCAGCAGCUGCACCAGUUCGUGGAGCUGCCCUCGCCCAGCAGCGCCUCGCUGAACAGCGGCUUGGGGGACUCUGGCGGCAUCCAGGAGCUGACCACCAAAUCCAAUUCGGCGCCUCUUCUGCUGAAGGAGCGGGAGUUGAGUCGUCGAUUCGAUGACUUUGCCGCCCAGAACUUGACGCUGCGCUAUUCUCGUUCCCAGAGUGAUCGCUACUUAGCAGAAAUCGAAGCUGUGGAGGCCUGCAAAUGGCUGCGGGCGGCAGGUUUCCCCCAGUACGCCCAGAUGUACGAAGAUCAUCAGUUCCCGAUCGAACUGAACAAUGUAGCCAAAGAUCACACCAACCUCGAGAACGAUCAGCUGCAGUCCCUCUUCCGCCGGCUCUGCGUCCUCAAUCGUUGCGCCACCAUGCGGCUGGACCAGUCCCACAAGCCGCAGACACCACAGAAGGAGGAAUCCGAUGAUGAAAACUUCGCACUCAGCGAGAACUGGACAUUCCAACCUCACAUCCGCCGCUGGUCGAGGAUCGGGGAGAUGGGCCUAGAGCUGCCGCCACCGGGGCACCUUAGCCUGAACGUGGAGAAGACGGAGAGCUCCUCAAAGGAGUCGAGCCCCGACCGCUUCGAGGACGAUGGUGCAGGGAUAACGCUCAUGAUUCCCGGCUGCAGCAAGUCCAGCGGCAUGGGAGGGGCGGCCACCGACGGCUCCGGAUCGCUGGGAGAUGGCUCCGACGGUGGUCACCUAAGGCGGUCUGGUAGUGAGCGGUUCAAGGAAGGAGCCAAGGCACUACUGCGCCGCGUUGAGUCCAUCAAGUCCCGGAGGCGCAAGCGUCAGAACCGCGAGAACGUGGUGAUCAGCGGGCCGCAGGUCCUGGAUCUCGCCCAGCUGGGCCACAGGAGUGGUCUGCGCAAGCCCGAUGCCGUCUACUCCACCCCGCCCUCCCCCUCAGCCCUCAGCCCCAUGCACACAUUCCCCAAGGCGCCCUUCUUCGGCAACGAGCUGAAGGUGCCUAGCCACAGCGACAACUUCCUGAGUCCCAACAGGGCCAGUCCGAAGCGCACGCCCACCACCCCUCGCUCGAUGCGCACCAGCCCGCUGCACUUCUUCUCCAGCCCCAUGUCCCAGCUGAAGGAGGGCAAGUCGGACGACUCCUCGUCUUACUACAGCGACAGCCAGGAGUCCUCGACAGGAGGCAAGCUCUCGCUGCGGAAGCCCUCCAAGGCGCGCCGCUUCCUACAGCGCUCCGGAAAGGUGGAUGACAUCGGGGCACACUCCGAUUCCGAGUGCCACCAAGGGCGGAAGCUCCUCAUCAAGGACGCCAACUCAAACACCACUGAGGUGAAGGUCAAGAAGCUCACCAGGGGCGGAUCCCUGAACCUGGGAAAGGACCCAAAGAAGCGCGAGGGCUUCCGCUCUUCGUCCUUCCGCUCCCGCAGCACAUCGCGAAAGGAGGCGAAGAACGACGAGGAUCAGGCGGGAGCGAGCGCGGCCAAUGGCUCAAAAAGGCAGCCCGUGGUGCGCUGGCACAGCUUCCAGAUGGAAGAGCGCCCGAACAUGAUCUUCCGCAAGUGCUUCUCCAAGAAGAUCGAGCCACUGCAGGAAGACGCUGGCGGCAUUCCUUUUGCUGCCAUGUCGGCCGGGCAACUGCAGAUCAUCCGGAAGCUGGCCCUGGUGACCCUGACCGGCUACAUGGAGCGCUACUGCCCGACCCACCGCUCGGGCUGGAACUGGGAGCUGCCCAAGUUUAUAAAGAAGAUCAAGAUGCCCGACUACAAGGACAAGAAGGUGUUUGGGGUGCCGCUCCUGCUGAUCCUCCAGCGCAGUGGCCAGACCCUGCCGCUGGCCGUGCGGGCCGCCCUUCGCUGGCUGCAGCUCAACGCCCUGGAUCAAGUAGGCAUCUUCCGGAAGAGCGGUGGCAAGUCCCGGAUCAUGAAGCUGCGCGAGCAGAUCGAGGUAAGCGACUCCACCGCCGAGUGCAUGGACGUCUUCGACCUGCAGCAGGCCUACGACGUGGCGGACAUGCUGAAGCAGUACUUCCGCGAGCUGCCCGAGUCCUUGCUGACGACCAAGAUGUCCGAGACCUUUGUAGCCAUCUUCCAGCAUCUCCCAGCGGAAGUGCGCCUGGAUGCUGUCCAGUGCGCGGUGCUACUUCUGCCCGAUGAAAACAGGGAAAUCCUGUACGUGCUGCUCGAGUUCCUCACCAUAGUGGCCGCCAACGCACAGCAGAACCAGAUGACGAGCAACAAUCUAGGCGUCUGCCUGGCCCAGUCCAUUUUCCACUCCUCCAUCUCGACGGGGUCCGCCUCCGUUUCCGCCUCGCCGCGGCGCAAGGGCAAGGGCUCCGGGAUGCCGGAUAUGAAAGAGCUGGCAGAGGCCAAGGCCUCCCACGAGUGCCUCUCCUUCAUGAUCGAGCACUACAAGGCCAUCUACACGGCGGCAAAGGAGAAGCUGAGCAAGUGCAAUUUCACCUUCAUGGAGGAGUCGAAGCCGGUGCCCCUGGAAGCCCUCGGCGAGGGAAUGCAGUUCCACAACUGGCGGGGCUACCUUUACGAGUGCACCACCGCCACCAUCAAGGAGGGUCGUGAAAAAACACGCGGAUGGUUCAGCAUCAACUCUCUGACGGACAGCAACGUGGACAUCGCCUACAAGAAGGUGGGCGACGGCCAUCCGCUCAGGCUCUGGCGCUGCACCACCGAGAUCGAAGGUCCUCCGCGGGACGUUCUCGACUACGUGAUCAAACAGCGCGCCUCCUGGGACACCAAUCUGCUGCAGUGCCAGACGGUCAAGAAGCUGGACGAGCGAACGGAGAUCUACCAGUACGCUUUGGACGGCCAGCUAACGACAGACUUUUGUGUGUUGCGGUCCUGGCAGACAGACUUGCCGCGCGAGGCCUGUGUGAUUGUCGAGACCUCCAUCGACCACGCCAAGGCCAAGCCCCUGUUUGGGGCGGUCAGGGGCGUGGUGCUCGCCUCCCGCUACCUCAUUGAGCCCUGUGGGAGCGGCAGAUCCAGAGUCAUGCACCUGGCCCGCGUCGACGUGAAGGGGAAGACACCGGAGUGGUACAACAAGAACUACGGACACAUCUGCUCCCACUACUUGUCCCGCAUCCGGCAGGCCUUCAAGCACGUGGCCGAAGGUCCUGAGAGCAAGGUGUAAGCGCCUUCCGGCCUCCAGGACGUCCAAUGUAUUCGUUGUUUGCCGUUAAAUGUCCCAUUAAUGUGUACCUUGCGAAGGAAGCCCGAUCCCAACGACAACACCUUCCAGACCACAAACAUGAGCUUGCGUUUUCCUCUACGAUACCGGAGGAGUAUAUUGUAAAUAAUUUUAGUGGGCUGCCCAGCUUAGUUAGCGCGUGUCGGCAGCCCUCCUACACCCUUCGAUUAAACACAUAGUUUAGUGUAUUAUAUUUAUACGUGGCCCUAUUUAUACGCAGUACCCUGUAUGACGAAUGAAAGAAAUCUAACAUCCAAAAUACUCAACACACGUAAAUAUCACAAAGUAUAUCGUUAAUAGCGUACCGCCUAGGCUUACGACGGCACUCCAAAUGUCUUAAUGUUAAUUAGUUUUUAGAGUGGCAAUAUGUUAUUCGGGAAUACAGAAAAAAAAGAAACAAAACAAAAGCAAACGCAGACGGAAAGCAAAUCAACCUUAAAUGUGUAUAGCACAUUCAACUAGUCAAAUUUUAUAAAUUAAGUUAAAGUACACUAACAAGAACACUCGACAUCAAACGUCUUUGCCACCCAAUAGUUUUCUCGGGAGCGCCGCCCGACUCCGAUCGAUUUGGCCUGAAAUAUUGAUUGAUUUAUUGACAAACAGUGUUAUAUGACGAGACGUGCCCUAGAUCCCCGAUCAAUAUGCAUACUUAGGUUUAUAUGUGUCUAUGCUAUUACUUAAAUCUAUAUGAGGUACCAGGUGCCUGCCAGGACGCAGGCGGUAAGGAAACAAACUAACCAAUGUCAACGUUUAUAGUGGCAAAGUAACUCAAAUAUAUAAAACGCAAUAAAAGUACAUACUAUGGAUAUGCGAAAAUGUAAA